UCAGAUGAGUGAGAUCCACUCCAGAUGUCCGUCUCCUGGCAAGAAGUCCCCUUGGCGUCUCCUCCAGGUGGUUGCCAGGGGAGGGGAGGGGGGCUGCCAAACACAUGUGUGCCUCCUCCCCCAUCCCCCCUUCCCUCUCCCCCUCCUGCUGCUCUUGUGCGAUAGCCCUUAGGCAGAAGCAGCCUCAGCCAACAGCAAAGCAGAAGCAGGCAAGGGAGAGGCACUGGGCUCUUUUCUUUCAGGGGCUGCCCCUUACCCUGGCAGAGAGACUGUCCAGGGUAUCCCCUGUGCCAUCCCUGCUGGAAUCUGCCGAGGGCCCAUCCACACCACAGAUGCUGAUCCUGAGCUGCCCCUCCAAGCUGCGGCUGCUGGAGGGGACGCUACGGAGGCGCUUGCCCAAUACAUUGCAGGUCUAUGGCACUGUGAAGACCAUAAACCGGGGGAACCCAACUGCGCAGGAGGUGCUGGUGGAUUCAUGGCCUGAAUUCAAAGUCGUCCUCACCCGGCCGCGCAGAGAGGUGGUAUCGGAUGACUCUGAUUUGUACACCAACACAUACACAGUGUACUACCAAGACCUAGGUGCCUACCAUGCCAUGCUGGGCAGUGCAGGUGCUGUCAACUGGGGACAGAACUUCCGCAUCCUUGGGCUCCAGGAUGGAGUGUACGAAGUUUGCAAGGACAUCGCCGAGGCAAAGGGGAUCAAGCUAGAGGUGGUCCGCUACUUCACCUAUUUUCACCCAGAUCCCAGCUCCAUGCCUGAGAUCCGGCUGGACCCAACCGUGAGGCUGUCAUCCCUGGAUGUAUCCCACGCCGACCUGCUGAAUGAGAUGUGGCAACUGGGGGGGAACGAGAAAAGCAGGAAGUACCUGGCCAGCCUGAUCCGCCACUUCCCCAGUGUCUGCCUGCUGGAUGCUGCUGGCCACCCGGUCAGCUGGAUCGCUUCAUACCCGUUUGGUGCCAUGGGGCCUGGCUACACUCUGCCCCAGCACCGGCGGCGCGGCUACAUGGGGAUGCUGAAUAAUUUGCUAGCCAAGCAGUUGCACGCACUAGGCUAUCCCAGCUACGGCUAUGUGGCCAUGGAGAACGACCCCAUGCAGAGGUUGCAGGAGACGCAGGGCUUCCAGCGCCAGCCCAACCUGUGGUACUUCAUUCUUCAUAACCCAGCACCGGCAAAAGCCCCCACAUUAACCCCCAGCCCAGCACCAGGCACAGCACCCCCGUGAGUCCCCAGCCCAAGGGACCUGACAAGGGAGGGGGGGUAGGGGAGCCUGGGGAUCAUUGUUCGCCAAGUGGAAUCAGUAACAUCUCCCAGCUCUAGCCUCACAUGGGGCCUGCUACCCCCAGCCCCACAGGCCUUGCCCUCCCCCACAGCCCUAUACCCACCUUUAAAGGGUCUGUCCUACUUUCCCAGGCCCAUAACCUACCCUCUUGAUGGACCCUACCACCCCAGACCCCUACACACAGCACUCCCGUCCCACUUCCCGACACUGUCCCAUCCCAGUUCCUCUUCCAGAUACUCCAGCAAUGGCUCAAUGAUCUUUCGCCCUAUCUAGCUACAUGCUCACCUGCCUCCUGCAUCUGCUGUGCUCCUCCUCCCCUGCUUUCCCUGGGACAUCCUGCUCAGCAUAUUGCAUCUCUAACUGCUCCACAGCCAGUGUGUCAUGCUCCCCCGACCCUACCAGAGACAUCUUCCCCAGAUCUCUCUCUCCCCUGCUUCCCUGGGGCUUGUCACGUCUCUUGCUGUUGCAUCCUGCUCUCAUCAGCUCCUUUCCCAUCUCCUGGACUAUACAAGCCGGGGCAGCUUUAAACGGGGUGGAAGGGGCUGGGCAAUAGGUCCCCAUUCAGCAACAUCUCCUUGAGCACAGCGUGCUCUAACCCAUGAUGCUUCUAACCCAUGAUGGAUCUGUCUGUUCUGCAUUGAUAUCAAUCAACCCGAGAGUGUUCCCAUGCCAAGGACUCCCUCAAGAGCCAGUCUGUCUCAGUAACUCAAGGGUUAAAUACCUCCCGGGGAUGUUGAUUAUCCUCAAACCAAACUUCACUAUCCCCAAGGACUCCUGGCCUGAGGUCACACGCAAAAGUAAUCCAGAUGUGUUAAAUUCAGUACCACACAGCCAAGACACCCAAAUCCCCUUACCUCCGCCCACUGACAUUGACCGAUAGUAAGAAGCGUUUUGGGCUUUGUGAUCCCAGCUGUGAUUAAAGUGAUUGUUGAAGACACCUUUGAGUAUUUCCCCUUUGCGGUGGCACUCACUGGCACGGCUGGGACCAUACAGGCGAGGCGGAAGGUAGAAUUACAGUUAGGGCCACACAACAGUUUCCCAUUUUUCAACCCACUUUUCAAAUGAAAUUUUCCCCAAAAGGGUUCUGCUUGUUCCCAGAAAAUGUUGGCUUUGUGUCAAAAUACUGAAGGUCAGAAAACCAAAGUGUUUUGGGUGCGUAACCUGGGUGGUGUCCACAUCAACAAAGGUCAGGUCAAAUACCUAGAGCUUCCUUUUGAAAACGAACCAAUAGCAUCAGCCAUCCUACCAAAUUUCUAGGAUCACUAAAUAUCUUCCUUGGGGGGACUUUAAGAGACAAACUGAAUAUGUGUGAAACAAGAAGAGCUUUGUUAGAGGGGAUGGGGAAACCAGUACUCAACUGGGGAGAGCACAGCAAUAACAAUCACCUAUCUGUACUUAUGAAUAAUAAGUAAACACCCAGUCCUGGCCCUUAGUUUCU